AUGGCGGCAAAUAUAACAAAGAGGUUAAUUAACAAUGGAACUACGCAAUCCAAAGUGAACCGGGACAAUGAUAAAGAAAAUUCAAAAGAAUGGGACCCCAUUACAGACGGUCUCAAAUGGAUUGAGAAACACGCCGAGUCCGCUGAAAAUUUUUUCGAAAGGCUCCCGCACUUUAUCAGUACAUUUAUUGCAACCUUGGCAAUUUUCACAUUUGGUUCAACAUUAAGGGGAGAAUGGGUGGUGAUCCUUGUGACAGCGCUAAAGCAAUUUAAUGGGCAUACGCAGAGCGACCGGAACGUCAGCGCGGCGGAGAUAUUCGAUCUCUUCACUUUGGAAAAGCUGAAGAUGGAGAACCUUUCCAUCAUUUUCAUCGCCGCCCACUGCGUGUCAUACAGCACUUAUUUCCUGAUCGGGGGAUUCCUACAUUGGUACUAUUACACUAAUCGUCGCCACGUCCCUCACGAGUGGAAGCUGCAGCCCACCAAGUGGCUCUCUCCUGAACUGGAGAGACACGAAAUCAUGAUCGGAGUAGUCUCCCUCUCGGUGACGGGCAGCUUCUCCGCCUUUCUCGCCACUUAUAUCGCCAACGGGAACCCCUCCACCGUCUACUUCCAGUUCGACGAAUACGGCUGGGUGUGGUUCUUCUUGCAGUUCCCGGUGAUAUUUAUUUACCAAGACUUCACCACGUAUAUUCUGCACCGAAUGUACCACACCCCCUGGCUCUACAAGCACUUCCACAAGCUACACCACAAAUAUAAGCAGCCGACCGCGUUUUCCGUCACCGCAAUUCACCCCUUCGAGAUAAUGCAUGUUCAGCUGACUGCCUGCCUUCCACUUUUCACUUUUCCCGUGCAUUGGCUACCCUUCUACAUAGUGGUGCUGUACACUUACUAUCACGGCAUCAUCGACCACUCGGGCAUCAACUUCAAGGCGCAGUGGUGGCAACCCUGGCAACCUGACGCAGAGUUCCACGACAAGCAUCACGAGUUUUUCCAUUGCAACUUCGGUUUCAAUAUGUCUCUUUGGGACAGGUGGUUCGGUACAAUGAGGAAAACUAACCGGGUCUACACGGAGGAAACUUUCCAUGGCGAAGCGCCACCUAUCGAUUCUGCAGAAGGCAAAAAGAUAAUAGAUGCAGAUCCUGAGGUCAAGGAAGCUAUUGAGAAACUAAUUAGUGACGGAUAG